AUGUCGGAUGUUAUUUCCGUCCGCCUCAGAUGGCGACUCCUAAAAGCCUCCCACCGAGUGUACAAUGCCGCCGAUACGUUCCCGAGCACCGAUGAUGUGCCUUCUGGUCGUUUUGGCUCGCUGUCCGAACAUGACAAAACCCAGCUCGGGGUUGCAAUCGAGCACCUACAGAACUAUCUCGAAUUGAACAUCCCAGGAAAGGAGAGUCUUGAUAUUGGCAAAUUGUCAAGCGAUGUUGCGGAUUGGGAGUCAUUUGCAAAUAGCCUGGGUGCGCUAUUGGGCGACCUGGAGGACUUAGUCCACAAGGACAUUUUCAAGGAGAAGCGUAUCAAGGUGAGCAAGCUUGAAUCGCUCCCCAUGGACUCAGAUCACCUGAGAACACUGAGCGGUUUUCCGAAACUCGUGGCAUUAUGGGAGGCCCUUAAAUAUCGCGAGAGACCUCAGACGGAUGACAAAUCGUCCAACGACCACGUCAGCAGCCGAUCGAACUCUUCGAGGCCCAGCAGCACAAAAUCGAACGACAGCCCGAUAUACUCUUAUCAAUCAGUCAUAGAACUGUCUCGAUACAUCUAUUUCCCUAGAGCUCUCAAGAUGAUUGAAAAGCUGCAUACGUCAACCAGCAACUUCCAACGUGCAUUGAAACAAAUUUCGGAGGGCUCAGCCGCAGACUGGGAUAUAGAGGCAGUGGCAGGCGACAUCACAGCCGAAGACAUCGACAUCAUUCAACAUGCUCACGUAUUUUCAUCCACGUGCACAUCACUCUUCACAAAAAUGGCCAACAAUCCCAAUUGCAAAUCCCCUCACAUAGUGAAACUCUACUUGUCUGGCUUCAAGAAAGAUCAACUCGUGAUGGACAUUAAGACAUGCCAAGAAACAGACUCAAUUUCCGCCGUCUUCACAAGAUCAUUCGACCGGCCUUCUUCGUUCAAAGUCUUUCACUCGCAACACGUUUUCUUGCCACCACCUAUCAAAGACGCCCUUCAGCAGUGGUGUCCGAGAAUCCAGUGCACUCUGGAAUCUAAGCAAGAUGGAAGACUGCGGAGCGACAAUAUUGCAGCGCUUGGCGUUCUUAUCAUGGAACUAGAGGCCGAUCGCAAGGCCAGUUGGUAUAAUGAAGAGAAAGACAAACUCUCCAAGGAAAGACCAAAUAUUUCACGUUUGAAUCGGAUAUUGGAGGACCCUGAAUGGGACGGUCGCGUCGAUGAUAACUAUCGUCAGAUCGCCAAGGCAUGCGUCGAAUUUAACAGCCUUGUUGAUAGCCUCGAUCAACCACGCAUUUCCGCAGACAGGAAAGGGCUGGCUAUCACCUACAAAAAGAUCCUACAACCAUUAUAUGACAGGCUUGUCGACAGUUUCAAAGACUCAGCGCAAGUCUUCGCUGACAUCUUCAAUGACAUGUUGGGGCCUGGCCGCUCUUUGGCCCCGCCAGUGAGUAAGGCCUUGGCAGCGGGAGAAAGGGCAAUCUUGUUUGAUGAUGAAGAUGCCAUGCCGAGCAUACAAGAACGGGAAAAGCCAAAGGAGUUUUUCGACAAGAUCACUCCGCUUUUACAAUACAUCAAAAAGAUUCGGUCGGAGAAUCCUCAGCUUGGCCGGAAACAACACCCCAGGAUACGAAUUGCAGUUCUGGACUCCGGGGUCAGUAGUGACAUCGCCCUGAUCAGUGGAGCAAUUGCGGCCAAGCACAUCAAUGAAUCCCAAAGCAAGAGUUUCGUUGACGCAGAAGACAGCUGGAAACAAGACAGCCACGGCCAUGGGACACAAAUGGUGCAACUGCUUCUCAAAACAGCCCCGACAGCUAAAAUCUAUGUGGGCAAGAUAUGCAUUGGCAAGGAAAUCGAGGCGGGAUACAUGCACAACAUUGCAAAGGCGAUCGACUGGGCUGUCGAUGAGUGUGACGUCCACAUUAUCUCCAUGUCUUUCGCCUAUGAGGAGGAUAACGCCAGUAUUGUCAAUGCACUAGCCAAAGCCGUCAGCCGCGAUAAGCUGAUUUUCGCUGCCGCCUCCAACAGGGGAGGUCUGCAAGGGCGCGCCAGGCCUGCGCGUCGCGCUGGUGUGAUAUGCAUCGAUGCGCAGCAACUUCACGACUAG